CCGUCACAGGUGCCCCAGGAACACUGUGGGUGGGGACGCUGUGGCCCCGUCGUGCUCAGCUGCAUUGGGCACCUCCCCAUGUCUCCCCUGAUGGCUACAACCUCACCUACGGACCCCUCGGAGGCCUCAUGAAGACACUCCAGCUGCCCCCUGAGACAACAUCCAAGGAGCUGUGGGGCCUGGAGCCCACUGGACACUAUAGGGUGCAGCUCCAGGGCCGGGGGCUGGAGCCCCUUGAGACCACCUUCAACACCCCACCCCUUCCCCACCCACACCCCCGGGACUGUGCUGAGGAGCAGCUCAAUGGACCAGGGCCUUCACGAGAAGUCCUCAUCUUCCUCGGGGGUGACCAGCGACAGCCACUGCGCGUCUACUGCGACAUGGAGAGCGAUGGCGGAGGCUGGCUGGUGUUCCAGCGCCGCAUGGAUGGGGGCACCAACUUCUGGAGGGGGUGGGAGGAGUACGUCCACGGCUUCGGGAACAUCUCUGGGGAGUUCUGGCUGGGGAAUGCGGCGCUGCACACACUGACAGCUUCUGGGCCCACGGAGCUGCGCGUGGACCUCCGGACGCCGUCAGACAGCGCCUUCGCCCGCUAUCGGGAUUUUGCCGUCGGUGGUCCUGAGGACAGUUUUCGCCUCCAUCUCGGGGCCUACAGUGGCACGGCUGGGGAUGCGCUGUCCUACCACGCUGGGAGCCCCUUCUCCACACGGGACCACGACCCCCGGGGCCGCCCCCGGCCCUGCGCUGUUGCCUACACAGGAGCCUGGUGGUACCGCAACUGCCACUACGCCAACCUCAACGGGCGCUAUGGGGUGCCCUAUGACCACCAGGGCAUCAACUGGUACCCCUGGAAGGGCUUUGAGUACUCCAUCCCCUUCACAGAGAUGAAGCUGCGGCCACAGCGUGACUGAGAGCACUGAAAAGGUUGUGGGGUGCAGUGGAGCCUUUAUGGAGUCAAUAAAGCUGCGAGUAACCAGCACUGACCCAUGCAUCGCACAC